UAUAUAGAGAAGAACCGGGCAAGGCUGCGUGGAAAUGCGGGAGGAUCUUGAGUUAGUGGUCUUUCCACUCGCUGUUUCAGGUCUCGUUUCCAAUUAUUCUUCAUUGCUGUUGUUAUUAUUUUUAAGUGUCUUCAUCACGUUGGGCAUCCACCCAGCAAGUCCGCCGCCACCGAUUAAGGCCAUCCGACGCUAGUGUUUCAUUUUCGCGGUCCUUCUUCCCAGGCGGUGUGCGAUUAGCCAUGGCUAAAAGGAGCUCCUUGUUUAUUCGAAUAGUGGAAGGGAAAAAUUUGCCAGCCAAAGACAUUACAGGUAGCAGUGACCCCUACUGUAUUGUGAAAAUUGACAAUGAAACAAUAAUUAGGACAGCCACGGUGUGGAAAACUCUCUUUCCUUUUUGGGGUGAAGAAUAUGAAGUCCACUUGUCUCCCAGUUUCCGUUGUGUAUCCUUCUAUGUGAUGGAUGAAGAUGCAUUGAGCCGGGAUGAUGUCAUUGGGAAAGUGUGCAUCUCCCAAAGUUUGUUGGCCGAACAUCCAAAAGGCUACAGUGGUUGGUUGAACCUCAUGGAAAUAGACCCUGAUGAGGAAGUGCAAGGAGAAAUCCACCUGCAGAUGGAGAUCAUCGGCAGCAGUGCAGCAAAGAAGUUGCGCUGCAUUGUGUUUGAUGCCAGGGAUUUAGCUCGGAAAGAUCGGAAUGGCGCUUCUGAUCCUUUUGUCAGAGUCCGCUAUAACAGCAAAAUUCAGGAGACUUCGGUGAUCAAAAAGUCCUGCUACCCCAGAUGGAAUGAGACCUUUGAGUUUGACCUUGAUGAGUCAGCCACAGAAAAGCUCUGUACGGUUGAAGUCUGGGAUUGGGAUCUUGUCAGCAGGAAUGAUUUUUUGGGGAAGGUGGUAUUCAAUGUCCAAAGGCUGAAGGCCGUCCAGCGAGAAGAAGGAUGGUUUUUGCUCCGCCCAGACAAAUCCAAGGCAAGAUUGGAUGAAGGGAAUCUAGGUUCCUUACACCUCCAGGUACAGCUUCGGGAUGAAAUGGUUCUGCCAUCCAUCUACUACCAGCCUCUUGUGGAGCUGCUGUGCCAGGAAGUUAAAGCAGGGAUAAAGAACCAGAAAGGGCACUUAAUAACCCUGAUUGAUGAGACCACAACAGCUGAAUGUAGACAGGAACUUGCCGUCAACCUGGUCAAGCUCUUCCUGGGCCAAGGCUUGAUUAAAGAGUUCUUGGACCUCCUGGUCAAACUGGAGCUGGACAGAACCUUUGAACCCAACACGUUGUUUCGGAGCAACUCUCUAGCUUCUAAGUCUAUGGAGUCAUUUCUGAAGGUGGCAGGUAUGCAAUACCUCCAUCGAAUCCUUAGGCCAUCAAUUAACCGAGUGUUUGAAGAGAAGAGAUACAUCGAACUAGAUCCCAACAAAGUGGAAAGCAAAGAGAUCGGAUGCUCUAGCCUUCACCGGAUCCACAGUGAAAGUGAGGUGAUCCAGCAGAGCGGCCAGCUCCUUCAGUCCUAUCUGACUGACCUACUGAACACCAUCACCAGGUCUGCCAAGAUGUGUCCUCCUGUCAUCCGUGCCACUUUUCAGCUACUUUUCAAAAGAGUUGGAGAACGGUUCCCCGAGGAGAAAAAUCAGAAUGUGAAGUUCAUUGCCAUCACCAGCUUCCUCUGCCUACGAUUCUUCUCUCCAGCCAUCAUGUCCCCCAAACUCUUCCACUUACGGGAGAAGCACGCCGAUGCUCACACCAGCCGGGCUCUGCUUCUGCUGGCCAAGGCUGUCCAAAACGUGGGGAACAUGGACACAAGCAUCAGCCGCACCAAGGAAGCAUGGAUGGCCCCUCUGCAAGCCACCAUUCAACGUGGUGUUGCCCAGAUGAAGCUGUUCAUCCUGCAGUUAAUUGACAUUGAGGAGAAAGAGGAAUUAGACCUGCAGAAGCCCAUUUCCCUGCAACCUCAGGUUGUAAAAGAGGGGUACCUCUUCAUCCACAAGGCAAGAAGCAAGGGGCCUCUCCUCUCGUUCUCCUUCAAGAAGUUCCAUUUCUCAUUAACGCAUGAGGCUCUCACCUGCGCCAAGACACCCAACUCCAAGAAAAGCUCCUUCGUGCCACUGACUAGCAUCCGGGCAGCUGAGAAGGUAGAGGAGAAGAGUUUUGGCAUCUCCCAUGUCAUGCAGAUCGUCUACACUAACGAUGCUGGGCAAGAAGACACAGUUUACCUGCAGUGCAAGUGUGUGAAUGAGCUGAGCCAGUGGCUCUCAGCCUUACGGAAAGUCUGCGGGAACAACGUGGGAAUGCUAUGCUCCUAUCAUCCAGGGGUUUUCAGAGGAGAAAAAUGGAGCUGCUGCCACCAAAAGGACAAAGCAGGUCUUGGUUGUGACAAAACACGGCAUGGAGUUACUCUGCGGGAAUGGAACGAUCCCUUGGAUCCUGACUUGGAGGCUCAGCUGAUAUUCCAGCAUCUGCUUGCAAUCCAAGAAGUAAUGAGGGAAAAGUAUAUGGAAUUGUCAGUGCUGGAAAAAAGUGAAAAACGCCAGACAAAAGAUCCUGAAAAUGCUGACAGUCCCAUCAGGCUUUUCCAGAUACUACAUAAUUUAGAAGAAAUAUAUCAAAAGGAGGUUUCCCGGUCAACUGACAUGGCCCAGCAGAAUCAGAAUCCCUUGGUGGAACUGCAGACGUGACUCCCACAAAAAAAAAAAAAAAAUCAUUUGGGGGGCAAGUUCCAUCUUUGCCCUGUUCAAGCAGAAUGGUUGCUACAUCCCCAGAAUGACAACUACACACUCUGGACUCAAUUUGGUCUGCUGAGAUGGAAUGGGAGAGACCAUCCCUGUGCUCAGAAGGUCCUACCCUCUCUUUUGGGAUCUCUCCUGUAAUUCAGUUUGUUUGGCCUCUAGUUUCUGUGGAUCAUUGAGACUGGCUCUUUUAUCCCUGUUCAUCCACCAGAAUUGGACAAUUCCUUUUUUUUUAAAAAAAGACUGGGUUUCUCCAUCUCAUGAUGCUUUUGAUAAUGCAGUUACUCUGUUGGGGGUGGGGGUGGGGUGAUAGGGUAAAGUUUCUGUGCCUUUCAUUCUUCCAUCUUUUUUCCUUCUGACUUUUCCUUAUGUAGCUCUAAAAACACAGAAUGUUGCAUUAGUGGUCUGAAUCUUGUGAAGUAACAUUUCCCAUUUUACACAGAACUUUUUUGUUAGUAGUGGACUUCUUUAAGAAGCAACAUUUUCCAGAUUCUGAGCUCUGAUGCGUAGAAGAGCUGCACUGAAUUAGAACAGGGUGCGGUGGAUAUCUGAACUUUGGGGAACACCAUAAAACUGCAGCAAACUGCUCAAAUGUUAUAUUAAAACCACAGCUGUAGCAUCUGACCCAGGCAAAAGAGAGAGAACAAUGUCUCUGUCUAAUUCUUUUUUGGCAGCUACGGAUUAUCCAGUAAGACAAAUGAAGAUGUUGGUCUUAAUAUAGGUAAGAGGAAAGAAGAAUUGCUUCACAAUUUUUUUAACUUUGAUCCUUUGUCCCUUCAAGCCCCCAAAACAUUGAAUGUACAAUAAAGCUUUUUU